AUGAGUAGCACUGGCUUUAAGGUUGCCGUGUUGGGAAGUGGAAUUUCAGGAGCCGCGUGUGCUUCAACUCUUGCCAGAAAUGGGAUUUCUGUUACUCUAUUUGAGUCAGCUAGAGGCCCUGGAGGACGCAUGUCCCAAAGAAGGGAGAAAACUGAAGAUGGGAAGGAGCUGCAUUUUGACCAUGGUGCUCCAUUUUUCUCGGUUGGCAAGUCUGAAGUGUUAAGUCUGGUUCAAGAGUGGGAAUCAAGGGGUUUUGUUGCUGAAUGGAAAGAAAAGUUUGGCUUCUUUGAUUUUCAGACCCAUAAAUUUAACAACAUAGAGCAGGAAGGAUUAAGCAAGAGAUACGUGGGUGUUCCAGGCAUGAAUUCUAUAUGCAAGGCAUUAUGCAAUGAGAAUGGUGUGGAAAGCAAGUUUGGUUUGGGUAUUGGAAGAAUUGAAUGGUUGCACGAUGACAAAGUGUGGUCAUUGACUGGGGUGGAUGGGCAAAAUCUUGGUCAGUUUAAGGGGCUUGUUGCAUCAGACAAGAACAUAGUUUCUCCCCGGAUUACAGAAGUAACAGGACGGUUGCCACCACUGGAUAUAAAAUUAGUGCCAGAGCUGUCAGAAAAGCUGCUCAACCUUCCUGUGAAGCCAUGUUUCGUUGUAAUGCUGGCAUUUGCAGAGCCUCUAUCAUCAAUUCCAGUCAAAGCCUUUUCUUUUGAAAAUUCUCAAGUUUUAAGUCGGGCUUAUUGUGAUAGCAGCAAGCCUAGCCGUUCUACUGCGAGUGAAAGAUGGAUUCUUCAUUCUACACCAGAAUACGCAGAGGAAAUAAUUGCUCAAACUGGACUCAAGAAGCUCUCAGACAUUACACUCAACAAAGUGGCUGAACAGCUUUUGCAAGAAUUUCAAAGCACAGGGCUUAUCACAUCUCAACCAUUUUUCAAGAAAGCCCAUAGAUGGGGAAGUGCAUUUCCAGCUGCUAGUAUUGCCCCAGAGGAAAAAUGCCUUUGGGACAGAAACAAGAGACUAGCCAUCUGUGGAGACUUCUGUGUCAGUCCUAAUGUUGAAGGUGCCAUAGAUAGUGGCUUGGCAGCUGCAUUAAAGCUUAGAGAUAGUGUCAGCUCAUUGUAG